AUGAGUAAUAUUUAUAUUCAAGAACCUCCAGCACUUGGAAAGGUGCUGUUAAAGACAACAGUUGGUGACAUAGACAUAGAAUUAUGGACAAAAGAAACUCCAAAAGCAUGCAGGAACUUCAUACAACUAUGUAUGGAAGGAUACUAUAAUGGUACAAUAUUUCACAGAGUGGUUCCUGAUUUCAUUGUUCAGGGCGGAGACCCUAAUGGUGACGGUACAGGGGGAGAGUCUAUCUAUGGUGAACCAUUUAAGGAUGAAUUCCAUUCUCGACUUCGCUUCAACAGGCGUGGGCUGGUGGCGAUGGCCAAUGCUGGCAAGAAUGACAAUGGAUCUCAGUUUUUCUUUACUUUAGCGGCCACACCCGAGUUACAGAAUAAGCAUACUAUAUUCGGCAAAGUAAUUGGUGACUCAAUAUACAAUGUGCUUAAACUGACAGAAGGUCUAAUAGGCCCAGAUGAAAGGCCAGAACAUCCACAUAAGAUAACUGAUGCUACAAAAAAAAAGAAAGAGAGACAGGGGGUCAAGAAUUUUGGCCUCCUAUCCUUUGGGGAGGAGGCAGAGGAAGAAGAAGGCGAGGCGAUGGAGUACCGUGGGAAGCCAAAGUCAACACAUGACUUAUUAUCAGAUCCAAAGCUUAGCAGCAAAACGGCCGCCGAAUUAGAGUUGGAACAAGACAAAGAGAUGGAGCAACAAUCAAAACAAGAGAGUGACAAGAAGAAAGAAGAAACAGCGGUUGCGGUUUCUAGUAUACGUGAUAAGUUGAGUAAAAGAGAUAGAAGUCCAGAGGAAAGAGAUAGCAAAAAGAGGAAAGAAGAUAGUGAUACAGAGAAAAGAGAUAGCGAUAGUGACGGAGAGUACUACUUGGGGAAAGAGAGAGAUAUAGAGAGGAAAAAAAAGAGAGAUCAAAUCCGCAGCGAAAUAAAACAGCUUAGAAAGGAGAUGCGUGCUCCGAAAGAAGAAAAGCCGCAAGAAGUAGAGAAAGAGACGAAAGAGAAAACUAUUGAAAAUAACGAAAUGUAUCAGCAAUUUGUGCAAGAGCAGGACAAAUAUAAAAAAAUUAAGGAGACGGUACCAAAAAAAGGGGCUGCCAGAACCAGACGUUCGAAAUUAACACGAAAACCGAUGAGAAGGAAACCGUGGGUGAAGAAUUUAUAUGAGAAUCGAGAUUACCCAGACAAUUACACCGACUCGAAAUUCUUGGAGCAUUUGAGAAAAAAUCUUUUUAUUGAAAAAGUGACUUUAUUACAAGCUGUGAAAGGCUCAUUUCGCGUUGUCCUCCGAUUGUGUAUAUGUGUGCUGUACGCUGUACUAUACACGGAAGACUUCACUCUGAAGCUGUUGGCCAAAUUCAAGAACAAGCUACACGCAAUAAAAGAAAAAGGUCCGGUUCCAGAGGAAUCGACUAAUGAUGAGGACGUAAACACUGAUGAAUGGAUGAGUCACACAUUACGUUUUGAAGAAAAAGGGGCCGUUUUAGCGAAAGAUGCAUCAACGAAGAGCGACGAUUGGUUCGAUAUUUACGAUCCACGGAACCCACUUAAUAAGAGGAAAAGAGAGAAAUCAAAGUCCGAGAAGAAGAAUAAAAAAUAA